AUGAGGAGACAGCAAGGUGAAAAGGAAGUUCUCAGGGAGAAGUAUAAGGCUGUAACCAAUCAUUUUGGGAUGACUGGUACUAGUGUCAACCCUCUUGACCCUCUAUCUAAAAAACAUUACAACACAAAUCUUGAUGUACUGUGGAAGGACAACCCUGCCUUUGCCCCAAAGACCUUCUCCUCUAUUCCUGGAAGGGAUCACACUGGUGCCCUCCAUGUGCUAACAGAGCCUAAAUGCAAACAGACCUCUCACCCUACUGGCAAGCAGGUUGCCUCUCAUCCUGCAAAUUCCAGUGCCACCACAGAUGAUUCCAUGGUGCACUCACAAGCAAAGGGGAAAGAGAGGGCUCCAAAUUUUGAACCCAAUGACACCCCUUAUCCUACUGCAUCCCAAACUCCUUCCAAUACCAACCCUAACCUCAACAAUAUAGAUGCUGACCUUGACAAUAUGGACACUGACAAUUCACUUGACAAAGGUGUGCCCCCUGCUACCUUUAUUUGGGGCCACAACCCUCCAUAUGACCCUACAUACGAUGACUCUGACCCUGCACUUGAGGAGUGUGACCUCAGAAAUUUGGAUAACAGCACUGAGGAGUUGGAGAUGGAAGUGGAUAAUGAGGAACAGGAUGACACUCAGUGUCCAAGCAAUAAACACCCACACCAAAGGUCCCCCUCACUAUUCCACACCUUCAAGCCAACAAAUCACACCUCACAGUAUCAUUGUCAUGAAGUAGCCUUCACUGGCAAGUCUCACACCGCCCAUGCCAUGGAGCAUGGCUCCCCUCAUGCAAAAAAACCAGUGUCUAUGGCAUCAUCAUUGGUGAAUACCCCCAGCUUGUCUGCAUGGACAUUUGCUUCAUCAUUCCACAUGGUAUCACAAGACUCACAGACCUUGCUCAAACCUGGCCAGAAAAAGACUGCACACAAGUGCAGCCUUUCAGGGCAUGUUUAA